AUGCCAUCAACGACAGCCAUCAACGCUUACACCUUUAUCAAUGGGGCUUAUGUGCUUGCAGAUUGGUACUAUGACGACACGCCAAUGAAAGCCUUCAAAUUGAUCAUGGCGAUCUAUAUCAAUAUGCAAACAGCCUGGGCACUUGGUGUCCUAACGCUUAUGUUUAAGCAUGCUUUGCCAAUGGUGAUCAGGCAAACGUUCAAUCACUUGACCCUAAACUCUUUCCCAAGGUUCACGGAGUACUAUGAUACAUUGGCCGAUGAGCAAUACGCUAUCCUCAGGGAUGGUACUGGCGCAUUAUACAGGCGAGUUUUCCAGGAUCCUGAUUUUCUUGGAAUGAUUUACGCCCGCAUUAACCGUCGAGGACAUGAGGGAAGACCACCACUUUUAACCAUCGCUUUACGCAUCGAACCCGGUACAACAGCAAAUGAAAAUCUGCCAUCAACAGUAUCUUUAUACGAUGUCCAUACUGCCAAUAAUGGUGACGAGGAACAACCUCCACCUUUGGAUCGUAAUCAAGUCAACAAUAAUGUCGAGGAGGAGUAA